CUCUGUUCCUUCUUUUUCCCGAGAAAAUUUCUUGGAAUUUUGUGUCUUCUCUACGACUUUUCUCUCACUCUUCUUCUUAGAUAUGAAAUCCAUUUCCUCCGGGAGUUCGUAAUCUUCGCAAGUUUUUUCUCAUUCUUCUUCAAUGGCGGCUGUAAAUUCCGUAUCAUUCACGGCAUUAAGUCAAUGUUCUGAUAGACGAUUGCCGAUUCCCUCGGCUCGUUCACUCGCCUCGCAUUUCGACGGGUUUCGUUUUCGUAAGAGCGUUUUCUGUCAUUAUUCCGGAGUUCGGACAUCUAGCUUCAGUUCUCGCAUGGUUAUUCAUUGCAUGGCAUCUGGAACAGGCUCAGAUGUAACAACCGUAGCCGAGACUAAAGCGAACUUCCUCAAGGCGUAUAAACGGCCUAUCCCUAGCAUUUACAACACCGUUGUGCAAGAAUUGAUUGUCCAACAGCAUUUGAUGAGGUAUAAGAAGACAUACCGUUAUGACCCUGUUUUCGCCCUUGGUUUUGUUACUGUGUAUGAUCGACUUAUGGAAGGGUACCCUAGCGAUGAGGAUCGUGAUGCCAUUUUCCAAGCAUACAUUAACGCAUUGAAUGAGGAUCCAGAGCAAUAUAGAAUUGAUGCCCAAAAAUUGGAAGAGUGGGCUCGGUCUCAGACUGCAGCUUCAUUGGUUGAGUUUGCAUCAAGAGAAGGAGAAGUCGAGAGUAUUUUGAAGGACAUUGCAGAACGAGCUGGGGGCAAGGGGAAUUUCAGCUACAGCCGAUUUUUUGCUAUUGGGCUAUUUCGACUCCUUGAAUUGGCAAAUGCUUCUGAACCCAGUAUCUUGGAAAAGCUAUGUGCCGCUUUAAAUGUUGACAAAAAAGGCGUGGACCGAGACCUUGAUGUAUACCGUAACCUGCUUUCGAAGUUAGUUCAGGCGAAAGAGCUCCUAAAGGAAUAUGUCGAUAGAGAGAAGAAGAAAAGAGAUGAGAGGGCAGGAUCACAGACGGCUAGUGAGGCCAUAACGAAAUGCUUGGGAGAAUACAGCAUGCAGACUGGGUUGUGAGAGCUGAUUGGAGCACUGCCUAAUUUGAGAUAGACUUGAGAGUUACAGCAAUAUUCUAAAGUACCUGAUAGAACUGCGUCUGUAAUGUAUUGUUGGGUAUUUACUCAAUUGGUGAAUUUUGUAUUCAGUCAGGCACUACCUUUAUUCUCAUUUGAUAUAACCACCUCAAGCUAUUUUUUAAUCAUCUGUAUUACAUAUUUUGAUUGCAAUUGUCAAUACAAAUGCUUUUGCACAGAUAUUUGACCA